UGCUUCUCCAGAAGAUGCAGCACAGCUCGGAUGUGGCGAUGCUGACGAGGUUGCUCGGACUGCUUGUCUUGUCCUGCCUUUGCUCAGCCAUGUGGGUGCAAAACAUCACCAGAAGUGAAGAGGAAGGCUCCACAUAUGAUCCCAACACCUACUGGUCUGAAUCAGUUGACAACCAGCUUAAUAAGACUCUUGAGAAGGGAAUCCCAUCGUUGUCACCCGAGGCACGCAGAGGGCCUCUUAUGAUGCCUCCAACAGGAUUCCCAUUUCCACCCUUUGGCAACAACUCUGAAGGUCCCAACAUGCCCAGGAUGUGGGGGGGCAGUACCCCACCUUUUCCACCCAUGCCUGACACAACAAUCUGUGACAUGCUGCUAAAUGCACCGGUACCCCCGCCCGCCGACCAGAUUCCAUUUUUUUGCAUCUGUAAAUACUGCAAAGGAACCGUAGGACCCAAAGGAGACCGCGGAGACCGAGGUCUUCCAGGUCCUCCCGGGAGCGCUGGAAGAAGAGGAUUGACGGGGUUUCCAGGUCCCAGAGGGUUUACAGGCUCUCAGGGGAUAAAAGGCCAGAAGGGAGAAAUGGGGGAAAAGGGAAUGCAAGGUGCAGCAGGUUUCACUGGCACAAAGGGAGAUCGAGGAUUUAAAGGGGACAAAGGGGACCAAGGAUCAGUGGGACCCCCUGGUGCUUUGGGUCCUCAGGGGGAAUCUGGUAUAUGCCCUGCCACCUGCGAGAGUGUGCCAGGUGCACCUGGUACCCAAGGACCACCUGGACCAGCUGGAGCCCGUGGCCUGCCAGGAGUGCACGGUUCUGAUGGACCCAAGGGCAUAAAAGGUGAUAGGGGUGACAUGGGUUUGCCUGGAAACCCUGGCAGCGAUGGUGAGAAGGGUGAUCGAGGUGAGCAGGGGGUGUGCAAGUGCACAAAUGGAACAAAUGGUGCUGAUGGCAAACCAGGGCAAAAGGGAGACAAAGGGGACAAGGGUAAUACUGGUUCCCAGGGUAUACAGGGCACCAUGGGGUUAAAAGGCAACCAGGGUGAUAUGGGUCUCAUGGGGCCACCUGGGCCCUGCUCUCCAGCCAUCCAGUCAGCAUUCUCCGCCUGUAUCAACGAGUCAUUUCCAGCUCACAAUUUUCCCAUUCCUUUCCCACACAUGCUUACCAACCAGCAACACCACUUUAACCGAAACGGCAUCUACACAGCCCCCGUCAACGGCACCUACGUCUUCUCCUUUCACCUGUCAGUUGCUGUGAAACCGCUUAAAGUCGGCCUGUUCCGCAAUUACUACCCUGUAGCUAAAGUAACAGAAGGAACCGUCCCAGCCACCACAAGCCAGACGGUGGUCCUCCACCUCGACAUGGGAGACGAGGUUUGGCUGCAGGUGAAGGACCCCACCACCAAUGGCAUGUACACUGAUAAUGAAAGCACUAGCACGUUCUCUGGGUAUCUGCUGCACCCCGACACCUGCGAAUUUCCUAUGGGCAGAAACUUCCCACCACAGUCACCACCAUCGCCACAUCCUGAACAGUACUCCUGGGAUGGUCCCAACCCUACCACCCCUCCACCAAAUUCACCGUAACACCCCUCCACCAAAUUCACCGUAACACCCCUCCACCAAAUUAGUUUCUUUUCAGUUGCACAGUUGUAGAUGAGGCACAACAAGCAUCCAAUCAACUUCUCAGUGAUUUUAUAACUGCACUUUUUAAAGGAGGGGUAUUCUAGCAAUGAAGCAAUGACAAUUGUUAAAAUAGGUUUUUCUACCAGAGUUAUGCUGAAUACAAGUUCUACUGUAGGACCAUUGUACCACACUGUAGUUACUACUCAAUUAAAAGAAAUCAGGUUUUAUUUCUUGGGUUAAAUCUGAUUCUGUUUGGUUGUUGAAGCUGGCAUCACAUAAAAGGAAAGGCCAGCAAACAAACCCAAACAAUAAAGACACAAAAUCCUUCUUGAAGUAUUUGUUUAACUCUUAGCAUGUUAGCAUAUUCAGGCAAUUAUUGUCAAACGUUGUCUAAAUGAAAUUCCAACUGUUCCUGGGACAAUAAAAACUGGAAAAUGAAAUAAAAAAGCGUUACAAUGUUGCAGAAUACUAAUUUAA